AAUGAUGUGUCCCGGAUCGCCGGCCUGGAUAUGUCCCGUAUAAGAUGACUGCUACUUUUAUUGAAGGAGUCGGUGACGAAGUUGUUGUUGGUGUAACGAGCACGCUAUGUGCUGUGUUUGGUGUUCUUGUAGUGGCCAGGUUUGGCCCUUCUAACAGGAGAACGGUCCAUCCCGAGCGGGAGGAAGAUGUUCGGAGGGCGAGAGAGCAUUUGAGGGCGAACGGAGCACAGAGACAUGAAUUGGAUGACAACGAGGCUGCCGCUGAUCCCACCCAGCAGUGUCCCGUUUGCUUGGGAUUGCUAACAUAUGCUGUGGAAACAAAUUGUGGACACACUUUCUGUGCUAAUUGUAUUCUGACAUAUUGGAGAGAAGGCAGGUUCUUAGCUGCCGUGAGCUGUCCAGUUUGUAGACAGACAGUGACUCUUCUCUUACCAGCUUACACUACCAGAGAGCAAGAAAACACAGAGGAACUGCAAUCGAUCCAGAGUCAGGUGUCUAACUACAACAGACGAUACAGUGGGCAACCGAGACCCUUAUUGGAUUAUUUAUAUGACAUGCCAACAUUAAUACGACAUCUUGGACGAGAACUGUUUUCAGUCAGUGGGCUCGUGUGGAUGGUGUGGGUUCGAAUUGUUAUGUGUUUGUUUGCUGCCAUCAUCUACUUUAUUUUACCUGUUGACUUACUUCCGGAAGCAGUGUUUGGAUUGCUUGGAUACCUGGACGACAUUUUGGUGAUACUGUUAUUGGCAAUUUAUGCGACUGUUGUGUAUAGAAACUUUAUUGCAAAUCGCUAGUCUGAAGAGUUGCAGGUUGUAAUUUUGUAUAAUUUUGCUGACAAGCAUGGAAUUGCAUUUUGCCAUUUUGUGCAAAGUAAUUAAUGUUUGUUCACAUUAGAAGUUAGUAAACAGGAAUUUUCUGGCAUAUGA